AUGUCAAAAGAAAAUCGCCCGGAGGAGGUCGCUUCAUCCCUCUUGGCUGCGAAUGGAUUACAAUUGCAGUCUUCGGAAACCAUUCAGUCUCUAUGGGCCGGCUAUGGCAAGAUAUCACGGCUUUUUGCGACCUCGCAAGGCUCUCCGGACACCGUAAAAUCAUACAUACUCAAGUUAGUCACUCCUCCACCGACAAAGGCCAACGAUGAGGGUCAUACUAGGAAGAUCCUCAGCUAUCAAGUAGAGCAGUACUUCUACAGCCAUUUAGCCCCCCAGAUGCCUGCAUCUUUGCCUGUUGCUCAAUAUCUAGGAGGCAUCGACGACCAUGGUUCCGAUGGAAUCUCUCGAAUUGCGAUGCUGCUAAGCGAUCUCCGAGAAACAUAUUCUGUAGCCGGUGAGAAACGCCAUGUUCUGACACAAACCCAAACAUUGGCUGCGCUGGACUGGCUGUCUGGAUUUCAUGGCUUUUGGUGGUCGAGAGUCAAAGAUAUGGAUCUAAAAUCGCUUGUACUACCUCCACUGCAAGAAAUUCAGCGCGAUGGUCAUGACGCUGCCAACAAGACGGUAUGGUUAAAUGGGGGCUACACGUAUCUCGCAACACGACGCAAGGAGUACGAAAGCCUAGCAAAAGACUACGAAAAUGAGUGGAACGAACCACUAACUGAGUGGGUGGAUGGGGAGGAUGUGUCAAUAUCAGAGAUAGCAGCUGCGUUCUUGUCACCAAAGACGUCGGGCUGGACGCCAAUCGGAGGAUAUCAGACACUGAUUCAUGGCGAUGUCAAAUCCGAAAACCUGUUCACAAGCACAUCUGGCGAAGAAGUUGCGUUUUAUGACUUCCAAUACACGGGUAUCGGCCUCGGAGUUUGCGAUCUUGCGAAGUUCUUCACGUGUUCAGUCCCAAUGAGUAUGCUUGUUCACGACCAACACGUCCCUAGCGAACUGUCGAUGCAAAACGGCGAGAAGCAACUACUGCAACGUUACUGGACCAGACUAAAGGAAGUCGGUGAACAUGAGUAUGAUUGGUCUAUCUUCGUCCGGCACUGGGAGACAGCACUCGUGGACUGGCUUCGUUUUCAGGCCAGCUGGGGAUUCUGGGGAAACACCGAGUGGCUGGAGGCUAGAGUUCGAAGUAUCUUGAAAGAUCAGGAAUGGAGGGAAUCCUUGAUCAGCAAUGUGGACAAAGCCAACAUUGAGAAGUCGGGUAUAUAA